ACACAACCACAUUAGAAUCAUCUACAAGUGACAGUGCUUCAACACUGGAGACUACAUUACCCACAACUGGUACCUCUCCAUCUUCACCAUCCUCUACAACAGAAAGUACAUCAGAAUUGACUUCACCCACAACAGAAAUAUCUUCAGCUAGUGUAGAACAAACAACAAGCCAGCAAACACAAACCACUCCAGUUACUUCUAGCACAGAAGCAGAAUCUACAAUCACAGCUCAAUCAACAUUUACAACAGCUAUGUCCCCGAUGAGCACAACCACAUUAGAAUCAUCUACAAGUGACAGUGCUUCAACACUGGAGACUACAUUACCCACAACUGGUACCUCUCCAUCUUCACCAUCCUCUACAACAGAAAGUACAUCAGAAUUGACUGCACCCACAACAGAAAUAUCGUCAGCCAGUGUAGAACAAACAACAAGCCAGCAAACACAAACCACUCCAGUUACUUCUAGCACAGAAGCAGCUCAAUCAACAUUUACAACAGCUAUGUCCCCGAUGAGCACAACCACAUUAGAAUCAUCUACAAGUGACAGUGCUUCAACACUGGAGACUACACUAACCACAACUGGUACCUCUCCAUCUUCACCAUCCUCUACAACAGAAAGUACAUCAGAAUUGACUUCACCCACAACAGAAAUAUCUUCAACUAGUGUAGAACAAACAACAAGCCAGCAAACACAAAACACUCCAAUUACUUCUAGCACAGAAGCAGAAUCUAUAAUGACAGCUCAAUCAACAUUUACAACAGCUAUGUCCCCAAUGAGCACAACCACAUUAGAAUCAUCUACAAGUGACAGUGCUUCAACACUGGAGACUACAGUAUCCACAACUGGUACCUCUCCAUCUUCACUAUUCUCCACAACAGAUGCACAGAGUACAUCACAAUUUCUUUCAUCUACAACAAAAAUUGCUUCAGCUGGCAUAGAACAAACAAGUCAGCAGACACAAAACACCCUUUUUACUUCUACCACAGAAUCAGAAUCUACAGCAUCAUUUCAAUCAACAUUUACAACAGCUAUGUCCCCUAUGAGCACAACCACAUUAGAAUCAUCUACAACUGACAGUGGUUCAGCACUGCAGACUACAUUACCCACAACUGGUACCUCUCCAUCUUCACCAUCCUCUACAACAGAAAGUACAUCUGAAUUGACUUCACCUAGAACAGAAAUAUCUUCAGCUACUGUAGAACAAUCAACAAGCCAGCAAACACAAACCACUGUAGUUACAUCUAGCACAGAAGCAGAAUCUACAAUGACAGCUCAAUCAACAUUUACAACGGCUAUGUCCCUGAUGAGCACAACCACAUUAGAAUCAUCUACAAGUGACAGUGUUUCAACACUGGAGACUACAGUAUCCAAAACUGGUACCUCUCCAUCUUCACUAUUCUCCACAACAGAGGCACAGAGUACUUCACAAUUCCUUUCAUCUACAACACAAAUCACUUCAGCUGGCAUAGAAAAAACAAGUCAGCAGACACAAAAUACUCUUUUUACUUUUACCACAGACACAGAAUCUACAACAACAGCUCAAUCAACAUUUACAACAGCUGUGCCUCUCAUGAGCACGACCACAUUAGAGUCAUCUACAAGUAAAAGUGGUUCAACACUGGAAACUACAUUAUCCUCAACUGAAAAUGGCCCAACAUUGACAAAUAUGAUAUCAAGUACAUUUACCUCUCUAUCUUCUGCAUAUUCUACCACAGAAGGUCUUAGUGCUUCAGCAUUAACCCCAUCAAUUCCAUCUUCAAGCCCUGCAGAAAAAACUAGCCAGCAGACACAAACCACUAUUUCAACUUCAAGCACAGAAGUACAUUCAACAAAGCCAAAUGAUUCAACAUUUUCAACAAUGGAAACCAUUAGAACAGUUUCUUCAGACUCACCUGAUUCACCCACUGCAACUUCCCCUAAUCCUACUUCAAAUCAAACAAUAACCCAAACUGUUACAGCCCAAACGUUUAGCAUUUCUACUUCAUCUCAGUCAAGCCCCACACUUGAAACGCUAUCCUCUGCUCAAACGAGUACCCAGAAAACUUCAACAUCAACAUCAGCUUCAACAGAACCUCCUUUAUCCACAACUUUUAGUUCAGUUUCAACAACUCAAAGCUGUCUGGAGCAAUGUCAGUGUAAUGGAUCCCCAUGCAUCUUCAAUGUAAUAUCUGACAAAUGUGAAUGCGAUUGCAAUCCCAAUACUUUUGGAGAGUUUUGCAAUUUUGCAAAUGACUCUAUCACAGUUAUUUUGCCUGAAAGAAUACCCACAAGGAAAGCAAAUAUGUCUCUUAGAAUUAUGAUGGACUAUCAUAAAGACUAUGAAGACUUGAGCUCUCCGAAAUCAAAAAAUUUAAUUUCCAUCUUAAAACGCGAGCUUUUAAUCCUUUGUAAAAGAGCAGAUGGACAAAACUUUAAAGAUGUGCGCAUUCUAAGGCUAAGGGAAGGAAGUGUCAUUGCUGAAAGUGUUGCAGAAUAUAACUAUCCAAACAACAACUCACAAAUAAUGUUUCUAAAUAAUGAUCUGGGACCCACCCUGGAAAAAAUUUUUAAUGACUCAAAUUCAUUCAAAAAUCUCAGCGUAGCUCUCGGUAAUGUUUCCAUCGAAAGAGGCCAAAUUACCAUGGAGACAGUUGAAAUAUAUAAUAUUACAGAUAUAAAACCAUAUGUGAACUGCACUGCAUUUGUGAAUUUUGCUAACUUUACGGAGGAUAUUGAAAAUGGAUCAUGGGUAUGUGUGGGACCAUGCAAAAAAAAUCUCAACUUCUGCAAUCAACAUGGUCGAUGCAUAAAUGAAAUGAAUGGACCAAAGUGCGACUGUGACAGUUCUUACUUUGAGAACUACUAUGGAGAUCACUGUGAGCUUUACAGCAGAGGGGCUGGUUUCUACGCAGUUCUCUUCGGCAGUUUAGCAGCUUUUGCUCUACUUGUCAUUGUGGCAGUUGUGAUGAUUGUGGUGCUCAACAGGGCCAAGAGCAAAACAUCAGGAAUGAGGAAGUCAUCGUUUUUUGAUGAUGCCUUCUUUGAUUUUUCAUCAAGCGGAGGAUCCUCAGAGAGAAGCUAUGGGCAUCAAAACCUUUCAUUCACAGAAGCUUCAGAAUAUGGGUCUUACAGACCAUCCGAUGAAUAUACAUCUGCAUGAUAAAGACUAAAGCAACUGAAGUGAUGGAUGUCUGAUGAAAAGAGAUGACAGAUAUUAUUUAAAAGAAUUUGGACACUAUAAUCUCAGGGAGCCAACAUAAUAUUACAUGCAUUUACUGGGUUAGUUUUAGGUUAUUUAGAGUAGGCCUAUUUCAAAUUAUUAUAAAUGGUCUUACUGUUAAUACACAUGAACACACAUAAAUCAACAAAUGAAACUGGUGGUGGUUUGUAAAAUGGAGUUGAAAUGCCAACAGUAACACGAGGACUGUCCUCUACGUUACAUCAACUGAUCACCAUGCAAAUUGUCUGUCCAAACCGACACAAUCAAUCACAAAACACAGCCAAUCAGAACAAUCCUCUCUGUAUCACUGUAAAAACUAAACACACAUACCUUGUAUGUUUAUGACUUCUGUGACGCUUCACUAGAUGGCGUGAUUUUUAUGGUUUAUGAUUUGUCAUAUCCUCUUGUAAACUUUACGCAAUCUCUCUCCAUGUUUGGUAAUUAAUAUACAUCAGCAGCACAUCGGUCCAAUCAGGUGUGAUGUGGGCGGGGCUUCCUGCUCAACGCCACAUAAAUACAAUUAUAUUCAGUUGUUAUAUUAUAUUUUAUAUUAUUUAUUUGAAAGAAUUAUAUUUGUAUUGUUCAACUGGUCGAGGUUGGUAUGGGAUUUAGAAAGUAAUUAGCAAUAAGUAAUGCAAUAGCCUUUUUAAUUAGUACAGUAAUCCAGUUACACUAGUUGAAGAUGUAAUCAGUAGCUAGUACACUGAUCCUAAUAAUAUUUUUUAUUUCUAAUUUCUAAUCUAUUUACAAUGCUACCACAUUACUCAGCUGUAGUACAAUCAGUUACGUUGAUGUUUUUUAAAUUAUUUUUUGUUGUUGUUGACAGUACAUUUACAUAUUUAUGCAUUUUGAUAUGACAGCAGGGAAUUGCUUAUGUUUACAUUGAGAAGCACAUUAAUAUAUUUUUAAAUUAAUAUUUAUAAAGAAAAUAACUGCUGAAUAUAUGUUUGCAACUGAUUUUUUUUCAAAUAAAGAAUAGCUAUGUGCAACAUA